AUUUAGGGUAAAAGAAUAGAAGCCAGCGGAUAGCAGCGGUUAGUGAAAAGGAAGGAGAAGAGACGAUACCGCUACAAUUUCGUUGGUUUUGGCGACUUGUUUGUUUUUUUCAGUUUAGAGUUUAACAACUUAUUGUGUUUUGCUUUUAUGAGUGCGACGAGAAAAGGUAGCCCAGGAACUCGAGUUUGAUCUGUUCGUGGUCGUGGUAGUGUUUUCCAUCGGUCAUGGCAUCGGAGGAAGAAUUGGAUGAAUCGUACGCCGGAGAUGAAGAUGCUGUGGAAGAAGGUGCAACAGAGCAAGUUGAAAAUUCACCAGAAUCCGAUGAUAAUCAACUAAAAGUUGAGGAGGAAGAUGAUGAUUACGAGCCUGAAGAUGGUAGAAAGAAGAAGAAAGGCAAGAAGAGAAAAGCCAGAAGUGAAGAAAAGAAGGGCAAAAAGAAGAAGAAGAAGAAAAAGAAUGACAGUGGAGAUGAGAGUGACUUUGGUGAAGAAGAGAACGCCGAUUCUGACUACGGUAGCAAGAAAGUACGUAAGUCCAGAGGUUCUACGAAACACUCGGCACCAGCUACUCCUGUCCAAGAGACAGCUGCAGCUAGUAGCGCCGGAGGUGUCAGUAUGCCGACCAUUGAAGAGGUGUGCUCCACCUUUAGUUUGACCGAUGUCGAUUUAGAGUAUAGCGAAUCAGAUUACGCUAACUUGACUACGUAUAAAUUAUUUCAACAACAUGUCAGACCUUUAUUGGCUAAAGAAAAUCCUAAGGUUCCAAUGACAAAGCUGAUGAUGUUGGUUGCUGCUAAAUGGAGGGAAUUCUCCACUAUGAAUCCUCAUCUGCAAACUGAAGGAGCGGAAUCUAGUCAAGCUGAACCCGAAUAUUCGAAACCAACAAGAACUCGAGUUUCCAAGGAACCGCCAAAAGAUGAAGAAGAAGAGGAAGAAGAUGAUGACGACGAUGAUGGAAAGAGUAAACGGAAGCGAGCGUCUAGGGCUAGUAAAAAGGCGGCGAAGAAAGGAAAAGUACCUACGCUGAAAAUAAAGUUCGGCAAAAGAAAACGCGGCAGUUCUGAAGAUGAUGGUGAAGGUAGCGCCAAUGGCUCUGAUCGUGAUUCAGAUAUGGAAUUCGAGCAGAUGCUUCAAGAAGGAUACGAUGGUUCCAGUAAAACCACAAGCACCACAGAAGAAACGCCCUCGCAGCCCACAACCGAAGCGGGCGAGGAGAACCCACCUGUUCCUAGGAAAAAAGCGAAAACUAAGAUUGGAAACAAGAGCAAGAAAAAACGAAAAGUGAAGACCACCGGUAAAUUCCCUGACGGCGAGGAGCAGUACGAACACCAAGAUUACUGCGAGGUCUGCCAGCAAGGCGGUGAGAUUAUUCUGUGCGAUACUUGCCCAAGGGCUUACCAUUUGGUUUGCUUGGAUCCCGAACUUGAAGAUACGCCAGAAGGCAGGUGGAGUUGCCCGCAUUGCGAAAAUGAAGGACCAGCCGAACAAGAUGAUGAUGAGCAUCAAGAAUUUUGCAGAGCUUGUAAAGAUGGUGGUGAACUGCUUUGUUGCGAUUCAUGUCCUUCCGCUUAUCACACCCAUUGUCUGAAUCCACCGUUAUCCGAAAUUCCAGACGGUGACUGGAAAUGCCCACGUUGUAGUUGUCAAGCUUUGUUCGGAAAAGUUACGAAGAUUUUGACAUGGAAAUGGGUUGAAAUUCCCAACAAAGAAGGUGAAGAAAAUAAGAAACCUAAAAGGAAGCGCGAAUAUUUCGUUAAAUGGCACGAGCGUUCUUAUUGGCAUAGCAGUUGGAUUACUGAGCUCCAGCUGGACGUGCACCAUCCUUUGAUGUUCAGAAACUUUAUGCGUAAAUACGAUAUGGAAGAGCCUCCCAAAUUGGAGGAGCCUCUAGAUGAAAGUGACAGCCGUCACAAACGAUUGCAGAACAUGGGACAAAUCAAAGACGAGGAAUUGGAAGAGAAAUUCUACAAAUACGGAGUUAAACCCGAGUGGCUUAUCGUGCAUCGUGUUAUUAAUCACAGAACUAUGAGAGAUGGCCGUACUCUUUAUUUGGUAAAAUGGAGAGAAUUGCCUUACGAUCAAGCGACUUGGGAGGAAGAGAACGAUGAUAUUCCCGGUUUAAAGUUGGCCAUGGAGUAUUAUACGGACUUGAAAGCAGCUUGCCUGAAUGAAAUCUCGAAGAAGGGCAAGAAAGGUAAAGGAAAGAAGUCUAAAACACGCGAGUUGAUUGAUGACGAUGAUAGGAUUACUCCUAGACGUUACACGCCACCACCAGAAAAACCCACAAGUGAUCUUAAAAAGAAAUAUGAUAAACAACCUGAAUAUUUCACAGAAACUGGAAUGCAACUGCAUCCGUAUCAGUUGGAGGGCUUAAAUUGGUUGCGAUAUUCUUGGGGCAAUGGCACUGACACCAUCUUAGCCGACGAAAUGGGUUUGGGAAAAACUAUUCAAACCAUCACAUUUUUGUAUUCUUUGUACAAAGAAGGUCAUUGCAAAGGACCAUUCUUAGUCAGUGUCCCGUUGUCCACAAUCAUCAAUUGGGAGAGAGAAUUCGAACUCUGGGCUCCUGAUUUCUACUGUAUUACUUACGUAGGUGACAAAGAUUGCAGAGCCGUAAUCCGUGAGAACGAAAUCAGUUUCGAAGAAGGUUCUUGCAGUAGAGGAACGAAAGCAGGCAAAGUUCGUGCGAGUUCCAUCAAGUUUAACGUAUUAUUAACAAGUUACGAAUUAAUAUCAAUCGACGCUGCUUGCUUGGGAUCCAUCGAUUGGGCUGUAUUAGUAGUAGACGAAGCUCACAGAUUGAAAAGUAACCAAUCCAAAUUCUUCCGAUUACUUGCCGGUUACAAUAUUUCCUACAAAUUGCUGCUAACAGGAACACCGCUUCAAAACAACUUGGAGGAAUUGUUCCACUUGCUGAAUUUCUUGAACAGCUCCAAAUUUAACGAUUUGUCAACUUUCCAAAAUGAAUUUGCGGAUAUUUCUAAAGAAGAUCAAGUGAAGAAGUUGCACGAACUGUUGGGUCCUCACAUGCUGCGACGUUUGAAAGCCGACGUAUUAAAGAACAUGCCAUCGAAGUCAGAGUUUAUUGUGAGAGUCGAGCUUUCGCCUAUGCAAAAGAAAUACUACAAAUAUAUAUUGACGAGAAACUAUGAGGCACUGAAUCCAAAGGGCGGUGGCCAAUCGGUCUCGUUAUUGAACAUUAUGAUGGACUUGAAGAAAUGCUGUAACCAUCCAUACCUGUUCCCUGUGGCUGCAGAAGAAGCACCUUUGGGACCACACGGUAAUUACGAGACUCAAAGUUUGAUUAAGGCCGCCGGAAAAUUGGUCCUUCUGUCGAAAAUGUUAAAAAUAUUGAAAGGUCAAGGCCACAGAGUGUUGAUUUUCUCGCAGAUGACAAAAAUGUUGGACAUUUUAGAAGAUUAUCUAGAAGGCGAAGGUUACAAGUACGAACGUAUCGAUGGUGCUAUCACAGGUUCCCUGAGACAGGAAGCUAUUGACAGAUUUAAUGCACCUGGAGCACCUCAAUUCGUCUUUCUGCUAUCCACUCGUGCUGGUGGUUUAGGUAUCAAUUUGGCUACAGCUGAUACCGUUAUUAUUUAUGAUUCUGAUUGGAAUCCCCAUAAUGACAUCCAGGCGUUCUCAAGAGCUCACAGAAUUGGUCAAGCGAACAAGGUAAUGAUCUAUCGAUUCGUGACACGUAACAGUGUAGAGGAAAGGGUUACACAAGUGGCCAAAAGAAAAAUGAUGUUGACUCAUUUGGUCGUUAGGCCUGGAAUGGGCGGCAAAGGUGCAAAUUUCACUAAGCAGGAAUUAGAUGACAUUUUAAGGUUUGGUACUGAAGAACUCUUCAAAGAAGAUGAAGGUAAAGAGGACGAGGCAAUCCACUACGAUGAAAAGGCUGUUUCGGAUCUGUUAGACAGAUCCAAAGAGGGUAUAGAGCAGAAGGAGAACUGGGCCAACGAAUAUCUCAGUUCAUUCAAGGUCGCCAGUUACGUAACGAAGGAAGGUGAUACUGAAGAAGAAGUCGACACAGAAAUUAUUAAACAGGAGGCGGAGAAUACGGAUCCUGCUUAUUGGAUAAAAUUGCUCAGGCAUCACUAUGAACAGCAGCAGGAGGACAUUGCCAGGACGUUAGGCAAAGGAAAACGUGUGAGGAAACAAGUCAAUUACAAUGACGGUGGUAUGACCACAGAUACACGAGAGGAUAGCACGUGGCAAGAAAAUCUGUCUGACUAUAAUAAUUCAGAUUUCUCUGCCGGUUCUGACGAGGAUAAGGAGGAUGAUGAUUUCGAUGAAAAGAACGAGGGCGACUUGAACAGAAGAAGAGGACGCUCUAUUCGCAAGGAUGAGAGAGAUCGUCCGCUGCCGCCGCUUCUGGCUAGAGUGGGAGGAAAUAUCGAAGUUCUCGGAUUCAAUGCUCGGCAAAGGAAAGCUUUCCUUAAUGCUAUUAUGCGUUACGGUAUGCCACCGCAAGAUGCAUUCAAUUCUCAAUGGCUUGUGCGCGAUUUACGUGGAAAAUCUGAGAAGAUCUUCAAAGCUUACGUCUCUCUUUUCAUGAGACAUCUUUGUGAACCAGGUGCUGAUAAUGCCGAAACAUUUGCUGAUGGUGUACCACGAGAAGGCCUUAGCCGGCAACAUGUUUUAACGAGAAUUGGUGUUAUGUCAUUGAUUCGCAAGAAAGUUCAAGAAUUCGAACACAUUAAUGGCGAGUACAGUAUGCCAGAGGCUGUACGCAAAGCUCUGGAAGCGAAGAAGGAAGCUAAGGCUGCAGCGGAAGCGGCGGCUGCUGCGGCCGCGGCAGCAGCAGCGGCGGCGACGGCAGCAGCAAAUGCUGCUGCUGCAAGUACUGCGACUACUACUGCAGCAACAACUGUAGCGACCAGUACUCCUGCAACGACUGACGAUAAUAAGAGUACAACAACAAGCACUACAGAAACACCUGGUACUAGCGCGACUGCAAGUCCAGCACCAACAGCAGAACCCGAGAAGGAAAAAGAAGAGGAAUCUAAGGAAGAAAUUGUUAAAGAUGAAACCAAGGAAACUAAACCCGAAGAAACUGAAGUGCCAGUUAAAGCGGAAGCCGAGGUGAAAGAAACUGAGGAAAAACCAGCGGAAACGCCUACGACCGAAGAAAUUGUCGAUAAGAAACCUGAGGUUGAAAAGGUGGAACCUAAAGAGGAGCCUGUUAAGGAAGAAGUAGAUAUAAAGAAAGAGGUUAAAGACGACAAAAAAGACGAUGAAGAUGUAAUUGUCGUGGGAGAGGAGAAGAAAGACAAACGGGAAGAGGAUGAAGAAGCCAAGAGGAAAUUCAUGUUCAAUAUUGCUGAUGGAGGUUUCACCGAGUUACACACUCUUUGGUUAAAUGAAGAGAAAGCAGCUGCCCCGGGCCGCGAGUAUGAAAUCUGGCACAGACGGCACGAUUAUUGGUUGCUUGCAGGUAUUGUAACUCAUGGUUACGGACGUUGGCAAGAUAUUCAAGCGGAUUCCAGAUUCACGAUCAUUAACGAACCGUUUAAAAUGGACGUUGGAAAGGGAAACUUCCUCGAGAUCAAGAAUAAGUUUCUCGCAAGACGUUUCAAGCUUUUGGAGCAGGCUCUGGUCAUUGAGGAGCAGCUCAGGCGGGCUGCUUAUUUGAAUCUGACUCAAGACCCGAAUCAUCCAGCCAUGUCUCUGAAUGCUCGUUUCGCUGAGGUCGAAUGUUUGGCCGAAUCUCACCAACAUCUAAGUAAAGAAUCUUUGGCGGGAAACAAACCGGCGAACGCCGUCCUCCACAAAGUAUUGAAUCAGCUGGAGGAGCUGUUAUCCGACAUGAAGUCGGACGUUUCCAGACUACCAGCUACAUUGGCCAGGAUCCCGCCAGUAGCUCAAAGACUUCAGAUGUCGGAAAGAAGUAUUUUGUCGCGACUGGCAGCCACAUCGUCAUCCAGCAAUCAAACAACUGCCCAAGUGAUGAGCCAGUUCCCAGCUGGCUUCAACGCUGGAAACUUGCCAGGUUUUGCGGCCGCUGCUGCUAACUUCGCCAACUUCCGGCCGCAGUAUUCAGUUCCUGGCCAGCCACCAUCCGGGUUCCCCUCCUAGGUAAACAGUUAGACAACUUCAAUCCGUAAAGAAACUGGUUUUAUUACGUCUUUAAUAGAUUUAAGCUGAAUUUUGAUUCUUUUCCAUCUUGGCUAUCGGUGUCUCCUAGAAUUAAUUACAAUUAUUAAAUUUAACUAGUUUUAAUGUUGUCUAACAUUUUAUAAAUACUUAGAUGUUAGGAACUUUACUGUAUCUGUCAUUCGAUUUUAUUUUAUUUCCCUAUACGAUGCAUAUAUUAAUAUUAUUAUUUUAUUUAUUUCGAACUGUCGGAGGGCGCAAAUUUUCUCGCAUUUCAAUUUUAUUUUUGAUAAGUUUUGAUUUUUUUUUCUCCUAAGGGCUCCCAUAUACAAAAAUGGCACUCAUAUAUACAUAUAUAUAUUGCGUUUUUGGCUAUGGGACACUUUUCCAAAUAAUAAAAAAAAAUAUUAAUUUUACACUGCGUAACUUUGA